CUUGCCUUCGCCCGUCAUGUCGACCUCACCCGAGUGUUCGCCCCCCACGUCAGUAUCGGACUUUGUCGACCUUAGUAGCUCAGAAAACGGGUCGGAAGCCGUGGUCUCCACCGUUGUCGAAGGAACAACUUCGCCGGGUAUGACUGUAGUUGUAGACGACUACGAGCACAGCGCCGUUGGAAAAGCAGAAGGAGAGUCAAGUGAAACAGCUGAGGACGAUACCUAGAUCACUCAAGAGUUCGUCUCCCUCUGUUUGUGAUAGUGACAUCACUAUCACCCCCCAGGAUGUUGCAGGCCCAUCCGCGCGUCUCGAUCCCAGUAGCUCUCACAGUACAAGGAGGAAGAAAAAUGCACGGAAAGGCAUCAAGUCCAUCUGUGUAUGAUUACCCUCAAGAUGAGGGAGUAUCCAAUGCCUCGGAUGUUUUGGUUUUUGGUGGCAAGAACGAAGCAAAACGACGUGUUGUAUUUCCCGCCGAGAUGGUCGACAUGUCGUUGAACAAGUCCAUUGAUGGAGGCUUUUCCUUCCAAAAGACGUUUGGUGAGGGAGACUUCAUCGCUGCUGGACAUCUUCAAGUUUCCAGCCAGAAGCCCGUGAAGAGCGCCAAGGACAACGCUUAUAUAUUCUAUGUUAUUGAAGGUGUUGUUAAUGUCAGAAUACACCAGACAUACCAUACCGUGAGCUCUGGUGGGAUGUUUAUGGUGCCUCGAGGAAACACAUACUCCAUUGAGAAUGUGUCCGACAAACCGUCAAAGCUGGUUUUCACCCAGGCGCGUGAGUCAGCCGUAGCGUCUGACGGCGAUGAUCCAAUGAGGCUAGAUCGUAGAUCUCGCCUCCCACAUGAAUUGGCCACAUCCAAGGCUUUCAUACUGCUGGGGUGGCUCUUUGAGCGCUUCUUGAAAAGAUUCGCAAUCUAUCGAAAGCUGCUGUUGAUAUGGUCGAAGCGAGCGCGCUUCAUGUUCCACCAACAUAUGCACGGUGGAAGAACCUACGCACUCUUCUUCAUCCUCGGGGUUUUGCUGCGGAGCAUGCCUUUCCCUGGAAAGUCGAGUUUGACCCCACCGCGCAUUAAUAUUCAGUUUAUACGUGACUCAGCACGUUCAUAGUAUUCCACGCUGUAGGUGGAUGACUGCUGUAUUCGUGACUGCUAUUUAGUCCUUAGACUGACCGUAUUUUUGUACUAUACCUGUAUUUACUUUAUCUUCCAAGGAAUUAUAUCGCUUGAUACUACUGUCGAUUGCCUGGAAGUGUAAACAGCC